UACUGGCGGGGGGAGGGGUGGGGUUUAGAGGAAGCGGAAGUGUCAGAGCAGGCGGAAGUGGUACUGCCCUGAAUACUCUGAGCAGCGAGCGGAGGACGGCUUGAUAAACUCCCAUCGUUCAGAGACUAAAAUCGGGAUUCCUUGUACGCUCAAAAUCCUAAAAAAUGGAUAAGAACGACCUGGUGCAGAAAGCCAAGCUGGCUGAGCAGGCCGAGCGCUACGACGACAUGGCGGCUGCCAUGAAGGCGGUGACGGAGCAGGGCCUGGAGCUCAGCAACGAGGAGCGCAACCUGCUCUCCGUCGCCUACAAGAACGUGGUGGGGGCCCGCCGCUCAUCCUGGCGCGUCAUCUCCAGCAUCGAGCAGAAGACGGAGGGGAACGAGAAGAAACAGCAGAUGGCCCGCGAGUAUCGUAUGAAGAUCGAGACUGAACUCCAAGAAAUCUGCAAGGAUGUGCUGAAUCUGCUCGACAAAUUCCUCAUUGCCAACGCGAGUCAGGCGGAGAGCAAGGUGUUCUACCUCAAAAUGAAAGGAGACUACUUCAGAUACCUGUCGGAGGUGGCAUCCGGGGACGCAAAGAAGGACACGGUGGAGAACUCUCAGCAGGCCUACCAGAACGCCUUCGACAUCAGCAAGAAGGACAUGCAGCCCACACACCCCAUCCGGCUGGGCCUGGCCCUCAACUUCUCCGUCUUCUUCUACGAAAUCCUCAACUCGCCCGAGCAGGCCUGCACUCUGGCCAAGCAGGCCUUCGACGAGGCGAUCGCAGAGCUCGACACCUUGAACGAGGACUCGUACAAAGACAGCACGCUGAUCAUGCAGCUAUUAAGGGACAACCUCACUCUGUGGACAUCAGAAAACCAGGGCGACGAGGGCGAGACCGGCGACGGAGACAACUAGAGCGCACACUUCACUGUUGACCCAUGACCCCACUCUCCCCCUCCUCCUCUUCCUCUGGUCUCUCUUCCUCUCUCCCCUCUUCUUCCUUCUCUUCGUACACAUAAAAAAAAGCCCUGUUCAUCCUACCCACCUCCCUCUUUUUCGUCGUCCUUUUUCAAGCCCGGCCUCCCCCGACUUCCCUUCUGUAUAACCAACAGCAUGAAUAGUACCCCACCUUCAGACAGAUUAUUCAAUAAAUAAAAAAAAGAAAUGGAGGAGGUUUGUGAAAGCUUGUCCCAUCAGCCUAAAUCUCCUCCUCCUCCUUUUUCCUCCCCCUCUAUCUUGGCACUCCAAGGCUGUCCGGUGGACUAAAGGUCAGCCUCGUCUUCUAACACGCAGGGAGGGGUUUUAUCCAAAAUUUAACAAAUUGAAUAAAUGUCUUUUUAAAAGCCCACAAUUCCAUUUUUUUUUUUAAAUCUCCACUUCUUCCCUUCUGUCCUCGUCCCUCUGUCCCAACUUCUCCCCUCCCUCGCUCUAUUGAGUUAACGCACUUAUAGACACCCCCCCCCCUCUUUGAGUUAACGCUUAGUUGCCCCUCCCUCCUCGUUUGGCUUUUUCUUAGUGUACUGGCGAAUGGCUGGUUUUAUUCCACUUUAAACAAACCAACACAAAAGGUUAUUAAACUGUCCGUUUAUUUUCAACAAACCCUGUGAUGCUUAGUUCUUGCUCCUCGUUGUGAUGGUGUAAAGGCUGCGUCCGGAUGGGAGGGGGUUGUGUUUAGAGCUGAGGUUUAUACAGAAGGGUCCUCCCACAAGGCUUUAUUGUGACACUGACGCGUCUAAAACAAACGACAAAGCGUUUUAACCUGCUGGUAAACACUCGCCUUCUCUUUCCAACUGAGACCCGGCGGUUUUUAUUCUACGCACGUCUGCUAGAUCUGAAAACACAAUAAAAACAUUUCAAAAAGCAUACAUUCCAUCUUAAUGUUUGUAGAAGGAGGAGCUGUCCUCCAUCCUGGAUCCUCCUCCAGGCAACAUCUGUACUGCUCUCCCCAAAUGUAAUUUCCCCUUUUUUUGUGUCUUAACAAAUCAAACUUUUUUCUGUUUUUCAUUUUUUGAGUACUGUAAAAUUCUAAAAGGUUUUGAGCUAAACUGUAAAUCUGUCUUUUGGAGAAAGGAUGAUUAGUUAACAGCUGUGAUCGCAGAGAGAACCCUGAAGCCGUAUCAGUCAGCUCCACAACUCUUCAUUAUAUUCCUGCCCUUCCUCCUCCUCCUCACGCCUAAAGUUUAGACUCCCUGCCUCUGCUUAUCCACCAUGUGAAUCCACACAGAGCCGAGGGGGGGGGAGGGGUGUGUCUCUGUGGACGGACACUCCUUGCUUCCUCAUUUCCUAAAUACCAACGGUAGUUUGAGUUCAUCAGCUGCUCUUCAAACUAAAAUAGUUAGAGCCUCAGUUUUUACCUUUGGGGAAAAAAUAUGUAAUGACAUUAAUUUAACUAUUUUCAAACAUUUACAUCUUUAAAAACAACCACAGGAAAUGUUGAACCAAAUCAAACUGCUUACCCAAGUUGACUCAUUUAGAAAUGGUUUGAAUUUAAACUCAUUCUUUUUAAAUGAGGAAGCAGUUGGAGUCCACAGCAGGUACGCCCGUGGAAGGAAUCUCCCCGGCAACUGAUCAACCAAUCAUCCGUUGCUCAAGCGAGAUCCCCAAAAAAAUGCAUAGUGUCAAUUAUUUUGGGGGAUCUAAUCUUUGAGACCCUCAAAAAAAUCUGAUUCAAACCGCUUUGACCCGCCAAAAUAAAAGAUCACACAAAGAUGAGGAAAUAGGACCUUUUCCUUUUUUUUUUACCUCAGUGUCACAAUAAGCUUGUCACCCACCAUCUUGACAUUCCACUUGGUAGGUGUAGAGAAGUCAUGUGUCUCAAUGUUUUUGUUUUGUUUCUUUUGCUGGGGACAAAUGUUUUCCUGCACUGAAGUACAAAAGGUUAAAAAAUAAAAUAAAAAAUGAUUUCCCCCCCCCCCCUCCCCUGCCGCUCUUUUUCUCGUUAGCUGAACAAAAAAGGCAGUUAUUCUACGCUUUAUAAGGAAAUAAAAAAAAAAAUAUCCCAUGCAGUAGUGAAUGUGGCACCGAGCCUGUCUGUAUAUCUGGUAUCUCAAAUAAUUUUGUUUUUACUGACCAGUAUUAUGCUUAAAAUAAAAAGGAAAAAAAAAAAAUAACCCCAAAAAAAAAAAGUUUGCUUCUGUGACGGUUUUAUUGCACGUUGUGGUGAAAAUUUAGAUUUUAGCUUGACACAAAAUAAUAAACUACAAAAAAACAAAUGACCCCUUUGACACCCCCUCCCACCCCCUAUCCCCACCUGGUUAUUGAAGUAAUCCUAGAUUUGUGUAUGUCUUUUAAAAAACUCAGACUCUAGUUUCACCUUUCAUGUUAUGAACAGGACAAAAAUGUAAAAGACAAUUUAAAGUGAAAUAAAGGUUUUAUCAGUUCCGAAUGAA